AUGGCUGAUAGUGGCCAUCCUGCGACGUCACUUCCGCCCUCCUCCCCUCCCUUAUCCCCGCGCCAGCAACCCGACAAUCAUUGCACCCCCUGCGACCUCAGCGAACCUGGCGAUCCCAAUCCCGGGCCGGAGAACGAUUACGAUUCAAGCAGCAUAUUACCCCUUCCCGCAAUCCACAUAUCAAACGAUGAUAGCAUAACGCACAACAUCGCCAAUACUGACGACCAUGACGACGGCGACCUUAGCAUACCGAAUCGAACCACGGUGGAGGAAGGAGAGAUGCAUCGCAAGCUGAUGGACGUAGAGUCAAGUUUCUUACCGGAGCCAUCAGCUAUCCGGGUAGGCGAAGGUCCCAUGGGGCUGGACGACACAUAUCUUGUUGGUGUCAGUCCGGCCGAGUCUUCGCGAGUGGAAGAACAGAAUAACCGUUCGUCUUCCCCAUCUCGAACUCCAGCAACUGACGCACACGGAGCUCCUGAACAGGAGCAAAUUGCCGAGUUGGAACCAUCGGUAUUUGAGGAUGAGGACUCCGUUGGGAAUCUGGGAGAUACUCCACUAGACCAGUCCAAAGUGUCCGUUAAUACUACAUCGCUAGAAACACCCUUAUCAUCCCCCACGGCUGCGGCCGCUGCUAGGACUAUGUCGCGCGCUUUCUCUGCGACUACAAGUAUUGGAAACGAAGGUGAGAAUAAUCAUGGGGAAGGACACAACAAGCCUGAGAGCAAUGCAGAUGCAGGUAUCGAAGAUACGGAAGCCACGCCAAGGCGCAGCAGGACCUGUCAGCGACGAAGCUUUUCGUUAUCACGAUCCCUAUCAAGCCGACGGCGUGGUGACCCUACCGAUGGAGAUACGAGCGAGGCAGGCAAUUCUCAAGUCACGGCCGGCACGCCUUCGGAUCGGAGGCGGAAGAGACCCAAGUUCCUCACUAGCAGACAGUCAUCCCAUCGCUACUCGACUUCAUCUGUAAAUACGGAUACGACUUCCAGCGAUGCCCACAUAGGUGUAGACUACGCUUUACAAUCUGGAGGAGCAGUACCCGCAAACAACGACCUUAGGCCACACGGCGAUAGAAAACAGACAAGAGAACUUUCGAGAUCGACAAGUUUAGGUAGCAUGGCUUCUGGGAUUUCGGGUUUUAGUGACGAAAACCCCCUUGAGCGGAGAGGAUUCAGCGGUAUUUCGGAGCCAAAUUUGCAUACCCUAGAUGAGGAGGAUGCCGCGUCACAGUCGCGCCCAACGUCGUCAGGAAAGACGGCGGAAGCUGACGAUGAUGCAGUCCCUACAACUCCUAAAGCGAAAGCUAUUGACCAACCGCUACCAACUGAUACAGUUAUUGCCCAACACGUUCAAGAUAUUCAGGUACCCGUUACAUUCGCUCGCCAGUUCCGCGAAAGCAAUCUAAACCUUGGCCUAUCCCCCGAUAAGCGCGGAGCGCCGACUCCUGGCUUCAGUCGCGGAAAGAAUAUGACACUCAAAGAACAGAGUAGCACUAUCGAUAGGCUCUCAAAAGAAAACUUCGACUUGAAAAUGCGCAUCCACUUUCUGAACGAAGCUCUAAAUAAGCGAUCUGAAGAGGGCGUCAAGGAAAUGAUCUCCGAAAACGUGGAGCUAAAGUCAGACAAACUGAAGCUGCAGAAGGACAACCAAUCACUGAGAAAAAAGAUCCGGGAACUAGAAAAACAACUUCGGGAUCAUGGCGAGGGAGAGAAGGGCGACGUAAAAGACGAGGGAGCGUCAGGUUCCGAAGAAGAACGAGCGACAAUGGAGGAGGAAGAACUGAUAUAUCUACAAGAACGACUAGAAACUUACGAAAUUGAGAUCGAAAGGUUAAGAUCCGAAAGUAUUGCGAGGGAAACCGAGAAGAGAAGAUUGGCAGAAAUGGUGAAGUCUUUAAGCGAUGGGAGGGUUGUUGGCUCAGAAGCUGGAGCUAGAGAGGAAAGAGACAUGUGGAAAGACAUGUUGGAUGCGGAGGCUGCUGCCCGAGAACAAGCUGAGGAAGAAAAUCGGCAUCUUAGAGAGGAAAUAUUGCAGAUGAGAGGUGGCGAUGCGGUGUCGACAACCCAUUCAAGGAGCACUCGGCGACGAGGGAUGUCUUCUGUCAUGUCACAUCCUGACUCUGAUAGAGAUGCUGUUCGUAGUGCGACACGGGGAACCGCAAGCAGCAGUACGCUUGUCGAAAUAGAACUUUUGAAGCAAGAGAAUGCCGAGCUACGUAGAGAGGUUAGUGCCCAGACGUCGAUGCUUACUUCGCGCAAUCGUGAAAAGGAACGGCUCUACCACGAGAUCGAAGAAUUAAAACUACAACGACGGUUUGAUGGACGUUCAAUCGCCGGUGAUAGUAUUUUUGAACGUUCAGCAUCCAGAGCCCAGGAUAGAUCCGCCUCGCGGGCGAGUGACGGAACCCGGGCAUCUCGCAUGAGCGAUACCGAGCGUGAAUCUCUAGAAACAAAAAACGGCGAGCUCCGAGAUCAGGUUUCAACCCUUAAACUUGAAAACCAGGGUCUCCGAGCUCAACUUGACGAGUACAUGAGUGAAAUCGAGACUAUGGAUCGUGCAUACCAGGAAGAUAUGGAUCAAGCGGAGGAAGAGGUUCAGACUCUUCAGCUAGAGCGCGAUCAAGCUAUGCAUCUCGCUGAGGAGAGGGAAGCUGAACUCCAAGAUCUGAAAGCUGAAGCCCAAGAAGAGAUUAAUGCCCUGGAAGACGAAUUAGACUUAAAAACCGAUGAAGGCCAGCGAAUGGAAGCCGAAUUGAGAAACCAGCAAGAGAAUUUGAGAGCGUUGCAAGCUGAGAUGAGAUCCGCGAAUGAGGGCAUUCUUAGACUCGAAGAAGAUGCCCAGAAUAACUUGCAAAAAUACAAGGCUGUUCAGCAGGAGUUAGAAGAUGCGAAUCGAGAGCUUGAAGCGCUCGAGAAGAAUUUGUUUGAGUCGAAUAGUAAAAUACAGCGGCUUACAGUGCAGCUUGAAUCGAGCCAAAACGAAAUCGCAUUCCUUCGCGAAGAGCAGGAUGCGGACAAGAUUAAGAUUGGUGAUUUGGAAUCUGACUUGAAAACAACCCAAAUAAAUCUGCAAAGUGAAAGAGAUCAGACCAGAGAGCUUGAUUGCCGCCUCGCAGAAGAGAGGCACCAACGAGAGGUUGUUGGAGGGAAGGAAAAACAAGAGGUUCAGCGAAUAAUGAAUGAGUUGAACCGCGAGAAUACCGGAGCCAAAGAUGAAAUCCGCAAACUAAAGAAGGCUCUUUCAGCGCGGGAAAUUGAAGCAAAUACGUGGAAAGAGAGGCUGUUUGAACUUGAGAGCAGCCUUCGGGAAGCUUUGGGAGACCUUAACGGGACUCGAUCGAGUCUUUUGUUGUCCAUUACGAAGCUGCAGAAGGAGCUGGAAUCGACCACACUUGAACUGCAGAGUGCCCGUGAGACUCUAGAUGAAAAGGAAGCUCUCCUUCGAAACCGAGAUGCUUUGUUAGAGAGCCACGGUCUCGAGACGCGUAAACUAAGCGAGCUGCUUGAACGGGAACGCCAGGCUCAUCGGGCCGAUAAACAUUCUUUUGAGCAGGCGCUGAAAUCCCAUCACCAGGCCUCGCGGACAAUUGCCCAGAGUAACACUCGCAUAUCUGACCUGGAGCAUGCACGUGGUCAGGAUCGAAAGCGUUUCAGUACACUCGAACAGCAGUACAAAGAUCAGCUUAACGAACGUAAUGCUAUGUUCCUGGCAAUCUGGAAGAGGCUAUCGGUUAUGUGUGGACCAGAUUGGGCACACUCGAAUAGUUUGAUAAAUGGCAACCUUCCAAGCCAGGAGGUUAUUGGAAAUAUGCUCUUCUGGCCUGGAUUCAGUAAAAAUCUGCUUCUCGCCCUGAAGACUGUGGAGCACUUGGUGAACGGAUUUAAGGGCCGCGUUAAGAACGUGGAGCGUGAUUUAACCAAAGCAUACCAAAACCUUGAGCACACCCUCAACAUUCGACUUAAGAAACUUGACCGACUGGAAGAACUAGCACAUCAGCUCAGGGUCCAGAAACGUCCGUUAUCCUCUAAUUCAACCAACGCAGAAAUUUCAAAACUACGUGGGGAGAAUAGGUUGCUCAAAGCAGAACUAAAUUUGCUACAGUCCCAUUCUCGAUCUCGCGGAUCUACUGCUGCAGCCGCUGCUGCUCAUGCAAACCCGCGGCCCGACCGGAGUAGCAGCGUCGUGUCACGGGCCCCCUCUGGAAUUCCUCAGCCAGCUCAUCAUCAUUCCUCCUCGACAGCAUUAGCAAACAACUCUUUCGGCCCUGUAGCCGGGCCUACGCCACCCCAGCCAAAUCGCACGCCAUCUAACGGCGAUCGAACAGAGGAAAAAUGGAUACAUCGCCUCCGUGAACUGGAGCGACGGUUGAAAGCCGAGCGUGAAGCCAGAUUGCUUGAUCGAUCCGGUGCCAGGAAGAGAUUGGAAGAGCGCAGUGCUGAGAAUGAAGAGCUUCGGGCAGCUUUAGAACGAGAAAGGAUGGCCGCCAAAGGGCAUAGUAACCCUCCUGGCCCUCCACCAGGUGCUUUUGAUGAAGUCGAUGAUCGAACGCGUGGCAACGUGAUCGAUCCGAAGUCUUUACACAACAAACAAUCCCGGAAUAAAAACACACCUCGCAAUAGCCAAAGCCAAACCCCGGAUACUGGUACAGAUUUAGAUGGCGACGAAAGACAUGGCGAAAUGGUGCUGGAGAGUCGGGAUUAUGAACCAUCACAAGGACGUCAUCAUCACCGGGAGGAUUAUCGUCAUCGACGAGAUGAAACUCCCGAUGGAUAUGAUGGAGAGGAAGAUGAAGAUGAAGGCACUGGAACCGGAACGUCUGACGGUGGUGGCUUGUGCGUUGAGGUUGAGGUUUAAAGAGGAGUUUGGGUUUAGGAGUCUCUUUGUCCCUUUCGGCUUGAACUUGGGGUUGUUAAUGGGAUUUGGCGUUCAAUGGAGGGGUGAUAUUGGUAUAUUUAUAUGUCUGCUUUUCUUCUCCCUUUUCCUGGCUCUGCAAUGGCAGAGCUGUCCUUUCUAUUUCUUUGUUAAUUUGUGUUAAUCACUUAUAACAUGAUGUUUCUAUGGUCAACGAGAUAUGGAUGUUGUGUUGUCUCUCUUGCUUUUGUCUUCCUGGUGGUAUUACUUCCCCAGUCCCAGCAGUGCAUGGGGUGUCUGUUUCUAUACCAAGUGAUAUUUUAGGCCCCAACUCUAAUAUAAGUGCAACACAUAGAGCAUCCC